AUGCCCGACGCGGCGAGAUGGCCCGUCGCCUUCCCCUAUCCGAGCCCGGCGGCGGGGCGGCUGAUCAUAGCCGCCGCUGCUGGUGCUCUCACCGGAGGAGCAGCCGCCACCGUUGGGGGAGGCGCGGCCGUCGGCAAGGGCAAGCUCACCCUCGUCGUCGUCACGGCCGUCAUCAAGGCCAAGCUCAUCGUCGCUGCUGCCAUCCUCGGGGCAGCACCCCGCAUGGCGGUCGUCCUUCCUGAACACCCGCACGUAGAGGGACACGAGGCCGUCUUACCUGAAGUGGAGGGUGCACCUUCCGCUCAGGCCUCGUGCGCGGGCGAACGCUUGCCAACCGCAAGUCAAGGCCACGUUACCUGCGGUGGUGACCUCGACCCCAGCCCACGAGGCCCUACUGCAGCAGCCGUCAGCCUGCAGCCAGAGGCCGUCGAGCCCUGUGGCCGGCAGCUCGCCGGCGAAGAAGCGCGGAAGCUGGAGCUAGCCGCCGCCCGCGAACGCCCAACCGCCACUUCAUUUCCUUUCCCGCCCGUCCGCCGCUGCCACACCCCGCCGCCGCCCCGCCACACGCCGCCCGCAUCAGAUCCGUCACCGCCCCGCCCCCCGCCGCUGUUUCCAUGCCGCCCCGCCGCCCGCCCGCCCGCCGUAGCUCCGUCCGCCACCACCCUGCACGCCGCCGCCCCGUAG